AUGUUGCUAGAUGCUGCUGUCUUCGAAGUUCAGGGAAGCGUGCAAAAUGAGGAAACAUUGAAAUCAUCGCACACGUCUUUUGGGGAAGAAGCUCUUGAAUCACUUCCGUACCUACCAAUUUCUCCGAACCCUAUUCGGGCUCCUUCGACGCCCCCUAUCCUUGCAGACAAGUUCAUCGAUUUUAGAACACGUUCUCGAAAACGGAUGCUGCUUGCCUCACUAGCUGCCACCUUUUCGCUCCUCGCAAUUUCAAUGAUUUGGUCUGUAUGCAGAGCAAGCCGCAGCAGAGAACAGGCGGUAGGGGUGACUCGCCGCAGGCUGGCUGGUGGGGAUGGAGGUAUCGAUGAGCAAUGUGUCUUGGAGGGCUGCUUGGCGCUCGAGGCAGAGUUAGGGAUUUGGCGUCCAGAACCUCCUUCUACCUCCCGCGGCGACCGGCCAUGGAGGAUUGCUGAGAUCGUGUCGUUUUUGUCCGCUGCUGCUUCAGAGUAUGAGGCAAACCAAGGAAUGCAAUCGAUACUAGGUGCAGGUCCUACUGUUGGAGGAGCCUCUAAUGCAAGACAGACAGGCAUAGGCAUACCAGCAGUAGGGUGGCUGAGGACUCUUGAAUCUGGGAGUGGCGAGCCGGUGCUUGUACGCCAUGCUCUGGACCUGGAACCCAGUGGAGACUCCGCUUCUGGCACUGCUCUCCAAGUGAAGCCCAGAGACUGGAUAGAAGAGAAAGAAGACACUGAACAUGCUCAGAGAGGUCUGGAAGAAUGUCAGUGGUCCCUGGCAGCAGGUUGCUCGUCGCGAAUUGCGGAGCCGUCCACUGCUCCCAGCUCAGCUUCGGUGCAUCAACCGCUUCGCCCCAUUAGAAAAACAUUCCUUAGCGCGAAGAACCCUCGGAAUCAUCCCUAUGUGCGCCUGCCAGUGGUGGAAGCAGGCGUCGUCCCUCACGACUUCGACCCAUCAGGAAUAUUUGCUCUGCCACCGACGAGUUCAUCGCCUGGCGAGCAUUUUCAGGAGAUGCGACAGUUCUUCGCGCAGCAGACACUUAAUCAGCAAGACGUAGAUAUCCUGAUGGACAUGACAACGGACUUGGCGAACAGCUUGUGGUUUCAUUCGGCUUCAGGAGGGAGGCAGCUCAGACCAAUCUAUGCUGUUGUUAAACUAGGGACCAUUUUUUUGGCGAUGGACUACUUGGUUUCUGCAGUUGAACUUUUGGGAGGCCAUAUGAAACUCGAUCUGUGGUGGGAGAAGUUUGUAAGAGCUUUGGACACAGAUUACAAUUUGCCGGAUGCGAGCGAUUAUUGCCGAGACGCUACAAAGUUCCACACAGAAAUGGCGAACGAGUUACUUGCAGCCUUGAGAACAUACAAAAAGAGAAAACGGCCUCACUUUCUCACUCUGACUGAGCUGAAGCGAAAGCUGUUUUUCUCUCCAUUUUCGCCUCCACUGUUCCGGGAUUCUCAAUGGGACCCUUGGAGGCAGGAUCAUCUUUUAUUUGCUGAAUUUGGAUAUGAACCGCAGUGA